CGCCGCGCGGCAGGUCCCGGCAGGUCCGCUCCUUGUCGGCGGCCCGCCGACUUCGUACGCGCCCGAGCGUCGCGGUCGCGGGGCAGCCUCGGGAUGGGCGCGGCGGCGAGCGCCCGCGCCGACGAGACCGUGGUAGCGGCCUGUGUGGAAAUCAACCAGUGAGUUAGGUUCGUGCUGCCGCAGAUAUACGGGGAUAGAGCAGACGCAGCUAAGGGGACAACGUCGCGUCGAUGGGUGGGGCGUCUGAAAUUUGAUUUCCACACAGGUGACGGCGCUGCGGACGCGGCUCGGGCUCGAGGCCCUCUCCGGCGAGCGGCGCGCCCUCGUCGAGGCGCGGCUCGACGACCUCUACGAGAGCCGCGGCGGCGAUCGGGCGUGGGCGGAGGCGGCCGAGGGCGAGCGCCCCGCGCUGGUGGAGGCGUUCGAGGCCGCCGCGCGCGGCGUCGUGGCCGACCCCGAGACAUUCCGGCGCCGGCGCCUAAGUUACGCGACGGCGCCGGCCGGGGCGGGCGCCGACGCCGGCGCCGGCGCCGGCGCCGGCGCCGGGGCGGAGGCGGCGGCGAGCGUCGAGUUCCGCAGCCCGGCCUACGACCCGCUGCGGCCGGCGGCGCCCGCGCAGCCGUGGCCCGCCGCCGCCGUCGGCGCGCUCACGUACCACGGCAUCGAGCCGCGCGCGGUCGGCGCUGCCGUGGGCAGCGUGGCCAAGAUUAAUCAGGACCGGGGCGUCGUCGUGCAGCCCUUCGGCGGGUCGCCGCGGCGGGCCCUGUACGGCGUCUUCGACGGCCACGGCGAGCACGGCGAGCAGGUGGCCGAGUUCUGCACGCGCGCGGUCGUCGCGGCCCUCGAGCGGGCCGUGGCCGCGGACGCCGGCGCGGCGGCCUGCGAGGCCGCGCUCGCGGCGGCCUUCCGCGAGGCCGACGCGGCGCUCGCGGCCUCGGCCGUCGAGUCGACCUACUCGGGCACGACGGCCGUCGUCGUCGUGCGCCUCGGCGGCACGCUCGUCUGCGGCAACGCGGGCGACUCGCGGGCCGUCGUCGUGCGGCGCGCCGGCGCGGGCUUCGAGGCGGCGCCGCUCAGCCGCGACCACAACCCGGACCUGCCCGACGAGCGGCGCCGCGUCGAGGCGGCCGGCGGCUUCGUGAGCGACCCGCCCGCGCCGGGCCUGAGCGCGCGCGUCUGGCUCGACGCGAAGCGGACGCGCGUCGGGCUGGCCAUGUCGCGGAGCCUCGGCGACGGCGCGGCCAAGCGCGUGGGCGUCGUGAGCGACGCCGAGGUGCGAAGACACGCCGUCGACGUGGCGCGCGACGCGGCGCUCGUGGCCGCGAGCUGUGUGGAAAUCAACCAGUGCGUCGGGUGCACCCGACAAUUCUUCACUAAGUCAUUUCUCGGCGAUGACGCGGCCGUGCCGGCUCCGUCGAGCGGUGACGAACCGGCACCGCCACGCCAUCGAGCAGGCGUCGCGUCGAUGGCGUGGAGGACGACGCGACGGUUCAGCACGAACGCGCCGUAAAAUUUUGAUUUCCACACAGGCCGCGAGCGACGGCGUCUGGGAGUUCGUGGGGAGCGACGAGGCGGCCGCGCUCGUCGGGGCCCAGCUCGACCAGGGCGGGCCCGAGGCGUGCGCGGACGCCUGCCGCGCGCUCGUGGACCUAGCCGCCCAACGGUGGCGCGACGCCGAGGGCCUGUACCGGGACGACAUCACGUGCGUCGUCGCGCGGCUGGGGGAGUGAUGCGCGUUAGAAGAGGCUUGGUGUAUGUCCUUUUCCUUUAGGAUAUUCCUUCCAACUUGAAUUAUUUAUUAAAAAGGUAUGAACCACUUCAGGG